UAGUUUUAAACUAUCAAAGUGUAUUCAUUUCAGUUUAGUUCAUUCUUUGUAGAAAAAAAAAAUACAAAAUGAAGAAUAAAUUAAUGUUCCUUAUUUUUUUCUAUUAUGUGUUUUGCACUAUUGCAGAAGAAACAAACAUUUAUAGUAUGCCAUUAAUUAGACGAAAAUCACCACUUCAAAUGUUAAUUAAAGAUCCACAUUAUAUGAAAAAAAUAAAUAUUCAAAAAGUGCAUCCAAUGAAUGAGAAUAUUACACUAUUUAAGUAUAUGGAUAGUGAAUACUACGCAGAAAUAUUAGUCGGAAAACCUGGACAGAAAUUUACAGUAAUUUUUGACACAACGUGGAGUGAUAUGUGGAUACCAUCAAAACUAUGUUCAAAAGAUAUAUAUCCGAUCUGUGGUAAGAAACAUUUAUAUGAUCAGGAUAUUUCGUCAUCGCACAAAUUUAUAGAUCCAACACCGUUUAAUGUAGAUGGAUUGGUUGGGAAUUUAACAUGUGACACGAUUGUACUAGGUCAUUUGAAUGUUACUGACUUGAUAUUUGCUGAAAUCACUGGGAUAUCAAACUUAAUGAAAUAUCAACUCAUGCACGCCGAUGGAAUAAUUGGUUUAGGAUACAACACCAAUGCUAGAACGACAAACAAUACAUUUUUUUAUAAGUUACUGGAUGAUAAAAAAAUUUUAAAUCCAAUUUUUUCAGUGUACAUGAAUCGGGAUACGACAACACCGAAAGGAGGAACAAUAUUUCUUGGUGGAAUUGAACCAAAACAUAUCAAAGGUGAAAUAACAUAUGUCCCUGUAACACAAAAAAACUAUUGGCAAAUUGAAAUGAAUCAGUUUUCAGUACAAAUAAACAAAACAAGCACAAAGACAUUUUGUGAUCAAGGAUGCCAAGUGAUAUUGGAUACGAGCUCAAACAAAAUUGGCGUACCUCCCGAAUACGUAACUGCCAUAAAUUCUCUAGUUAAAGCAACUUUAUAUUUUUACAAUAGAUACAAGGUACCAUGUUCAUUAGUGAAUAAGUUGCCAAAAAUCACUAUCAACAUAGGCUCUCGAGAUUUUCAUAUUAGUGGAAGACAUUACAUCCAAAAAAUGGAGAAUGAACAAAAUGGAACGAUUUGCAUAACAGCGUUUAGUGAUUCAGAAUUGAGCGAUGGAGUAUGGUCAUUAGGGGGUGGAUUUUUGUCUAGUGUUUACACUACAUUUGAUUUAGAAAACAAUAGAGUUGGAUUUGCCAAUUUAAAAUAAAAUAAAUUUAAUUUUAAAUAUCAAAAUUACAUUUAUAUUAAUUACAAAUA